AUGUUGGACAUCAAUCUCUUUCGUGAAGAGAAGGGCGGCAACCCUGAGAAAAUUAGGGAGUCCCAGCGGCGUCGUUUUGCUAAUGUGGAUCUUGUGGAUGAGGUCAUCGAGCUCGACAAAGUUUGGCGGCAGCGGCAAUUCGAGUUGGAUGGGUUGAGGACAGAUAGGAACAGGCUAAGCAAAGAGAUUGCCCGCCUCAAAAUUGCGAAAGAAGAUGCAAGUACAAUGAUUGCCUCUACCGAGGAGAACAAAGAAUUGACUGCAAAGAAGGAGGCAGAGGUCCAGGAGGCCCUAGCUGCUGUUCAGACUAAAUUGGCUGUUAUUGGAAACUUGGUGCAUGAUUCGGUCCCUGUUGACAAUAAUGAGGAUAAUAAUGCCAUUAUUAGGUCAUGGGGAGAGAAGCGAUCUGAACCAAAGCUUAAGAAUCAUGUGGAGCUUGUUGAGCUUCUUGGAAUUGCAGAUUUAAAGAAAGGUGCAAAUGUAGCGGGAGGCAGAGGUUUCUAUCUCAAAGGAGAUGGAGUACGACUCAAUCAAGCUCUGAUCAACUUGGCUCUUGAUUUUUUGGAGAAGAGGGGCUUUACUGCUUUGCAGACCCCUUUUUUCAUGAGGAAAGAUAUUAUGGCGAAAUGUGCUCAGUUGGCUCAAUUCGAUGAGGAACUUUACAAGGUAAGUGGAGAUGGAGAUGAUAAAUAUCUGAUUGCCACUGCUGAACAGCCGCUUUGUGCAUAUCACCUGGACGAUUGGAUUCACCCUUCCCAGCUACCAUUGAGAUAUGCUGGAUACUCCUCGUGCUUCCGCAAAGAAGCCGGUUCACAUGGUCGGGACACUUUGGGGAUUUUCCGUGUCCAUCAGUUUGAAAAGGUGGAACAAUUCUGUGUAACCAGUCCCAACCGAAAUGAUUCCUGGGAGAUGCAUGAGGAGAUGCUAAAGAAUGCCGAAGAUUUUUACAAACUGCUGAAUAUUCCGUACCAAGUUGUCUCAAUUGUCUCGGGUGCACUGAAUGAUGCUGCCGCAAAGAAGUAUGAUCUGGAAGGGUGGUUUCCGGCAUCAAAGACUUAUAGAGAACUCGUUUCGUGUUCAAACUGUACCGACUAUCAGUCAAGGAGAUUAGAAGUUCGUUACGGGCAGAAAAAGAGUAACGACAAGGCUAAGGAAUACGUGCACAUGCUCAACUCUACACUGACAGCAACCGAGAGGACAAUCUGCUGUAUCCUGGAGAACAACCAGAAAGAGGAUGGAGUGGAAAUACCCGAGGCCCUAAGAGCCUUCAUGGGCGGCAAGGCCUUCAUCCCUUUCAAAACCAACAACCCUGUAAAGGAAACAAAAGGGAAGAAGAAUUGA